AUGAGUCGAAAAUAUUUGUAUGAAAAACACUCAGUUUUUAAAAUUCUUUCGAAUACUUUUUUCAAUAUGGCUACAUUUAAGGAUCACUUACAAAGAAUUCAUCAAGAAAUUGCCAUUAAAGAUGAAGAUCGGCAGCCAUACACCGAAAUGUAUAACACAAUCAGAGAUUGGCUCCUGGAUGAAAUGUGCAAAGCUGAUCCGAUGUUUAAUAAAAUGUACAAGGGGACUUCAUUGUUUGGUAGUUAUCCAAAUCGUGUACGCAUUAUUAAGCCCAGCGAAUUUGAUGUGUUUAUUUUAAUGGAUCUACCAUUUGAAUUCACAGUCGAAACACACCCCAAAAGGCCUGGAUUUAUACAUAUAUCAAGCAUGAAAUGGGAAAAUUGCGCAACAGAUUCAAAAACUGAAACACUAUAUAAAGGACUAUUUGGAUAUAAUAAAAAAAGUGUUUUAAAUCGCAACAAACUCAAGCGAUGGAUAAAAAAUAUAAUCAAAAAAGUAUUGUCAAGCAGACCCCAACCAAUUGGCUACACUAUCAAAUAUACCUGUUGUAGUGUGGCUCACCAAAUCUACGUCCGAGACGAACGAGCGCCCUAUAAAACAAUUUCGAUUGAUUUUGUACCAGCCAUACGUAUGCCAAAAGAAUACAUGAAGCCAUUAGUAGGAAAAAAUGCAUGUUUAAAAGAUGAAUACUAUGAAACGUUUGUAGCUAUACCAAAGUGUUUGGAGGGUUGUGGUCCCAGAACUUCCAGAAAACUUACAUUUCAACUGGUUAAUCCUGUGGCCGAACGUGACAUAAUAUGGGAUAAACAGAACUUAAAAGUUAUAUAUCGUCUAUUGAAAUCCUUGCGUAAUCAAUAUAAGUUGCCUCGUUUAAAAAGCUAUUUCCUGACAGCAGUCUUCUUGCAACAGGUCACCAAGUGCAAUGAUGAGUUUUGGCAACAAUCUGUCAGUUAUAUAUUUCUUUAUAUGUUGGACAAAAUGAUUGUUUAUUUUCAACAAGGCGAUUUGCCAUACUAUUGGGUGUCGGGUUUUAAUUUACUAAGUAUUUUGAGACCUGAAGAAAUUGGCGAUUAUACCGAUAUCUUAACAGCAGCCUAUAAUGAUCUUAAAAAAUUGGAGCAUCAAAAUUCGGUAUCGUAUGCUGUAAUGGCUGAACAUUUUAAGACAACUUGA